AGGGGAUGUCGAGAGAAGGGGGACACGGGAGGCGAGGUUGACGACAAGGGGGCCAUGGCCGCAGCUGAAUGUGAAUGUUCAAGAUUCCAAUCAGCGGUCGGCGUCAAGCAUAUUUGCGCAACGGCGUAAGCUUCGUUGCUUUUUCAUAUCAAGUGACACCCCCCCCCCACCUGCCGUCACAACACCAACUUCAAAACCUCCGAGGUGCUCCUGCCUCAGGCCUCCCUCUAGGCAGACUAGGACUGCAAGUGCCACAAAAAGCACCUACCUGCGGGGGGAUAUACUGAGCCUCUCUCUCCCUAAGCAAGCCCACGCUUCUGCCAUGUUGCUGCUCAGUUUUUUACAUUGCCCGGCCUGUGUGGAAUUGGAAUUGUCCGCUGCAGCCUCCCUCAACAGCACAUGGAAAUUUGGCUUGUCAUUCCACCCGAACCUGCAUUUUCCCGCCCGCUUCGGCACUUGGUCCGCAGCCUUGCCUUCUGGUUCUCUUGAUCCAUUAUUUUCUUCCUUUCGGAGCCUGCCACGAUCGUCUGUACUCCCGACUGGACCUUGGUUCACUACGGUUGCUUGAGAUACUAGAUCGGGCUGUUGUACAGCGCCAAGCUCGACGGACUGAAAAGCACCACCAGAACCCCCUAUUCCGUCCCAUGAACCUCUCCUAGCUGCUCAGGCUUCACUCCAUGUGGAGGUUUGGCCCUACACGAGGGCUUUAGUCCCAUCAUACAUUAUAUCGACAUUUUGCAUCACAGCUCCGCACAUACUUGACAACGUCGAGAAGAGGAAGUAGUCCUGGUUUAUGUAAAUCUUGGGCCCAUAUCGUCCAGACAAUGACUGUCGCAGCGAUGGGGCAGAGACCACCGCAUGUUCCUGAGCUUGGUUUUUUUACGUUGGGUGAGGAUCUAGUGAAUAACCCAGAGGCAAUUGUUAUACCUGCGGUGGACAUUGCGAAGCCUGUUGAAAUUGUUGCAAGGCGCACGGAGAUCAGCUCCCACGGAGCCAAGGGUAGAAGCGGUCCUACCAAAACCGAAGUCUCGGCUGCUCAGGAAGUCAAGAGUACGAACGGUCAAGCGACCAAGGCUGAGACAAAGCCUGUGAAAACAACUGGUUCAAAGUCGAAGGAUGCAACCGAGGAAGACAAAAAGAACGCCAGGGCCACGGUAGAGUCUCAGAGUCAAGAAGAUAGUGUGGACUACGGCGAUCAGUGGACCUGGAGCGAAAGGGACCAAGAUUACAUCCGUACCGAUGAAAACGGCAAAACACUCCAUUACACCAACUUCCAGAAACCCCCCGACCCAGAUGCUACAUCACCACCCAGUCCAACAAAACCCGGAUCACCAGCUGGAAGUAGACAGAACUCGACCGGACCCGAAGCCGCAACCAAACACAAAUGGGAGCAGCCCUUAGACCCUCGCUUCCAAGUAGUCACCAAACCCAAACGCUUCUUCGCCGUAGGCCGCAUCUUCAAAGUCCCCUGGUUCGAACCUCUCGGCUCCCCGGACCCUUCCCCCAAUGACCCGUUCCCUUCAGCCACCCCCCCGAACCUCGAGUACUCUACGAAAUGCCCCGAAUUCCACGGUGAGAAACCGCUGGCCAAAUACCGCUGGUUCGUCGUCGUCCGGCGCCGCCUCCACCACUCACUCUGUUUCUCCAUCACCACAUACGCAGGAGCCAGCAGGUCAGCCACCAACAAGGCAUGCAGCGGUCGGGAUGUUGAUUUUGUGGUCUUGCACAACAGCAAUGUCGUACCUGCGAAGCCGUACGAAGAGGAGAACAUCACCCGGAGGCCCAUCGGGGUGAUAAUCGAGGAUCAGGAGACGUAUAUCAGCCCGGUUGCGAGAUUGGAUUGCGGGAGGAUUUACACCGUCGAGGACCACCUCAGGGUGAUGAAGGUGGGGAGGGUGCACCCGGGCAGCUUGGCGGCGUUGGAGGAGUAUUUCAAGGAUAGUGUUUCCUAGUUAAAGGGGAUAAGUGUGCGUUGCUGAAGGGUGGUGGGAUAUGUGUAACCUACCGCCCGACACAAGGCAUGCCAAAAUUUAACCAGCUUCAUUUUUGCCUUUGCCUCGCUCGACGUGGUGUUCAGCCCUGAGAGAAAAAGGGAGGCAGAAAAAAGCCAAAAAGAAAGCAAGCGGCUGAAAAUCACAAACGCUGUGUGGCGAGGGGCCAGGAGUCGAAUGCACUAACCGCUGUACUACCGCAUCACGGAAACACGUUCGAGAAAGCUGAUUGAUAAAACCGUGGUCUGGUUGUGGUCUGGUUGUGAUCUGGCUGUGUUCUCUGGUUGUGGCUCCUCUAGUAUGGUGGAAAAAGGGGGGCGUGGCGUUGACUCGGCUGGGUUGGGUGAACCUCAACUGCCCUGAGGACGGGAACAACAGGGUCCACAAGACAGUGUGAACAUCUCAAGCACAUAAAAACGGAUUUGGUUCAACAC